UGUGCAGGAAAUCCGUUCAGCUUCUGCAUUGUGACCUCCCUGAAACUUGGCCACUCCUUUAGUCUAGACGUUGAUGGCAGGACAAAGAGGCGCCUGCACCAUGAGCGAUGUGGUAGAGAGGAGCUUGGAAGGACCCUUAGCACUGACUACAGACAAGUCCUCCCAGAAAAGGGGAGACUUGGUGGAAGUAUUAACUGGGGAGAAGGUAAAAUUUGACGACACAAGACUUUCUUUAAUUCUGCAGAAUGGCCUGGAGACGCUGCGAGAGGAAAAUGCUUUGACAGAUGUCACCUUGUGUGUGGACAUUCAGGAAUUCUCUUGCCAUCGCGUGGUGCUUGCUGCAGCCAGCAACUAUUUCAGGGCCAUGUUCUGCAACGACUUAAAGGAAAAGUAUGAGAAGAGGAUCAUUAUUAAAGGGGUGGAUGCUGAGACCAUGCAUACUCUCCUGAGCUACACAUACACAAGCAAGGCUCUGAUCACCAAGCAGAAUGUUCAGCGGGUUCUGGAGGCUGCCAACCUUUUCCAGUUUUUACAACUGGUGGAUGCCUGUGCCAGCUUUCUCACAGAAGCACUGAACCCAGAAAACUGUAUCGGAAUACUGAGGCUGGCAGACACACAUUCCUUGGACAGCUUAAAGAUGCAAGUCCAAAGUUACAUCAUUCAAAACUUUGUUCAGAUUCUGAAUUCUGAGGAGUUCCUUGAACUUCCUGUGGACACUUUGUACCACAUCUUGAGGAGUGACGACCUGUGUGUGACUGAGGAGGCUCAAGUAUUUGAGACUGUCAUGAGCUGGGUCCGGCACAAACAAUCAGAACGACUCUGCCUGCUCCCUGGUGUCCUUGAGAAUGUGCGUUUACCACUUCUGGACCCGUGGUACUUCGUAGAGAUGGUUGAAGCAGACCCUCUUAUUAGACAGUGCCCUGAAGUCUUUCCGCUGCUCCAGGAAGCCAGAAUGUACCACCUUUCUGGCAAUGAGAUUAUUUCAGAGCGCACCAAGCCCAGGAUGCAUGAGUUCCAAUCUGAGGUGUUCAUGAUCAUUGGCGGCUGUACAAAGGAUGAACGAUUUGUGGCAGAGGUAACCUGCCUGGACCCCCUGAGGCGCAGUCGCCUGGAGGUGGCCAAGCUCCCACUGACAGAGCAUGAACUGGAGAGUGAGAAUAAGAAGUGGGUGGAGUUUGCAUGUGUGACAUUAAAAAAUGAGGUCUACAUAUCAGGGGGCAAAGAAACACAGCAUGAGGUUUGGAAAUACAAUUCCUCCAUCAACAAAUGGAUUCAGAUUGAGUAUUUAAACAUUGGCCGCUGGAGGCAUAAGAUGGUCGUAUUGGGCGGCAAAGUCUAUGUACUUGGGGGUUUUGAUGGCUUACAAAGGAUCAACAAUGUGGAGACUUAUGACCCCUUUCACAACUGCUGGUCAGAGGCUGCACCCCUCCUUGUCCAUGUCAGUUCCUUUGCAGCUACCAGCCACAAGAAGAAGCUGUAUGUCAUUGGAGGAGGACCCAAUGGGAAGCUGGCCACAGACAAGACGCAGUGUUAUGAUCCUUUGACCAAUAAAUGGGUUUUUAAGUCGUCCAUGCCAGUAGAGGCUAAAUGCAUCAAUGCAGUGAGUUUCCAGGAUCAUAUCUAUGUUGUUGGUGGUGCCAUGAGAGCAAUCUAUGCUUAUAGCCCUCUAGAAGACAGCUGGUGUCUGGUGACCCAGCUCAGCCAUGAGCGAGCCAGCUGUGGCAUUGCACCCUGCAACAAUAAGCUGUAUAUCACUGGUGGGAGGGACGAGAAGAACGAGGUCAUUGCCACCGUGCUCUGCUGGGACCCUGAGGCUCAGAAGCUGACUGAGGAAUGUGUGCUGCCCCGAGGAGUGUCACAUCACGGCAGUGUCACCAUCAGGAAGUCAUAUACUCACAUCCGGAGGGUUGUCCCUGGAGCAGUGUCUGUGUGACUGCAGAGGGAAUCAGGAGUGCCUUUGGAGUCUCUGAGCACUGAUGCUGUACCCUAGCUUGCCUACGUUGUCCCUUGUGAGCCAUAGGCUUGGCUUGGGUUUAAGGUUCAUCAUGGGGUACCUGGGAAGAUAAAGCUUUGGGAUAUGUGAGACCAGCCAGGAAUGCUUGUGUGAACUACCUCAGGAUGAAGGGUACUGUUUAGCAUUCCAUACAUGCCUACUUAUGUUGGCCUGUGCCAGGCACUUAUCCAUUGUAAUUUACUUAGCUAUGGUAAUGGCCUGCUGCCACAUAGCAUCUUGCCUGUCUUAGAGGACGGGAAAAGGAGUUUCAGACAGGCCAAUUUUCACUGGGUCUCUCAGGAAGCAAGAAGCUAAGCCAGAGUAAACCCAGGUCUUUCCAUGUCAGUCAGUGUGUCUCCCAACCACACUGCUUAAUUCAGACAGGAAAACAGAAAGCCAGUCCCAAACUUGGCUGGUGCCUCUUUCUGGAAAGUUUGCUAAAGAUAAGGGAAUAAAGAUAUUUCUCUGUGCUGUCUCCCUUUUAUUCUUUGUACAUAAACCACAGGAGAACUCUGGUCUUGAAGCUUUUCAGACCACUGUGUGUCAAGAGCAUCUCCUAUGAUCUCCCACUGGACAGAUCUGUUGUGAUUACUCUAGGCAGGCCCAUUUGUUUUGAAAGAGAUGAAAGUUGUGUCCUGCUUCCCCUACAUCUUAAGUGUUGUUUUUGAUUACACCCCUUUGGACUAGAACUCUGACCACCUUUUACUGGCUGGGGGUGGCUCCCUGGAUAAAGCACUUGCUGCAUAAGAAUGGAGAUCAGUGUUAGGAGCCCUACAGUCCGCAUGAAAGCUGAGCAGGCAUGAUAGCUGCCUGCAGUCCCAGUACAUGGGAAGCAGAGAAGGGGUUUCCCAGGGCAAGCUGGGCAGUUAGUCAGAGAUGAUGACUCCAGUUCACCCCUGCCUCAGUAAAUGAAAAUGGAGAGUCAUUGCUGGGAGAGCAUUGUGGGUCCAGCAGUUUGAAAACGGAGAAUGACUGAGGAAUUCAUUUGGUAUAGACUUUGGACCUUCAUUCUUGUGACACACAAAUACACUCACGCCACAUACACAUUUAAAAAAUAAAAUAGAAUUAAAAGUUGAAA